ACGUCGCGCCACCGACUCGACGGCAGCUUCAGUGCGCUCCCGUCCACCGUUUGGGGAGGAUUGCUUCGCGUCCCGGUGCAACGCACGUGUCGAAACCUCCCCGAGUACAAUUCAUUCUCGAGACAUAACCAAAAUAUUUAAAGCCGGUGCGCGGAUGCUGACUCACGACGAUACGUUUAUGGAGCUGAUUUAGUGCGUGUGUAUCUUGUACGGGCGUUUGUGCACAGAAAAAAAAAAGACUCGCGGUAGCUCCGGCCCUGUUUGUUAUUCUGUUUAACCGAGCACGUGAUAAUGGAUUAAUUUGCUGGGGUUGAACAGCUGCAGCAGGCCUACACUAAAUUAAGGUAGACCCACGACCCGACCCACGACCCGACCCACCUACACCCGGCUGCCUAUCUGGCUGAUCGUCAACCUCCCAGAGACGACCCAUCGCGUCUGGUCCUGAUUAGUCGACUCCUGGAGCGGAUGAAGCAUCUCGUGCAAAAGCCGGAGUGAUGCUAGCAAGACGAGCCUGAAUAAAAGGUCCUUCGCCAUGGGCCCAGAUCGACGGACAAGAGUGUUCCUCGUGCUGCUCUCGCUGCUGCCUCACGUCCUGCAGGAUGUACACUCGGAGUCGGCAGUGGGUCCAGCCAAUAGCGUGGGUCCUGCGUCCAGUCCUGUCGGUGGACCGUUGGGGUCGUCCGUGACGGGAAUAUCAGGAGUAGGCUUGGGUCCUAGUUCUCCGGGCAUCAGCAACGGUGCCAUAGGAGGAGGCAGUAGGUCUAGCACUGGAUCAUCAGCUGUCCCUGGACCCAGUGGAGCUGGCGGCGGAACUGGCGCCACCGGAGGCAUUGGACGGUGCGAAGAGAUCACUAUACCGAUGUGUCGUGGGAUUGGGUACAACCUGACCUCCAUGCCCAACGAACUGAAUCACGACAGUCAGGAUGAGGCUGGUCUGGAGGCUCAUCAGUUUUGGCCCCUGGUCGAGAUCAAGUGUUCGUCGGACCUCAAGUUCUUCCUCUGCUCCAUGUACACGCCGAUAUGUCUACCCGAGUACAGCAAACCUCUGCCGGCCUGUCGCAGCGUCUGCGAGAGGGCCAGAGCUGGCUGCGCACCCGUGAUGCAACAGUACGGAUUCUCCUGGCCGGAGAGGAUGGCCUGCGAGCGACUGCCCAGACACGAGGACCCCGACAACCUCUGCAUGGAGCAGGACAAUCGUACCAGCAGCAGUGGAGGAGCCCCGAGCAGCCCACCCCUACCUGCGCCACCGAGACCGACGCGCCCUUCGAAACCUACGCAGCCGCCUAGAUGUAAGCCUGGAAAAAACCAAAAAAACUGCCAACAUCCCCCAGGGGAAAGGGCGAGGGACUGCGCCUGCAGAUGCAGGGCGCCCCUCGUGAACCUGGGGGCAAACGGGACUCUCGACAUGGCCGCCGGGGGAAUGGCGGGUCUGGAGGUACAUCAGUACAUUGCCGGGGUGCCGGAUUGCGCCCUACCGUGUCACGGCGCGUUCCUCACCCCCGAAGAACGAGGAUUCGCGGCCGUGUGGCUAGCCCUGUGGAGCGGUCUCUGCGCCGCAAGCACGCUCAUGACCGUCAUCACCUUCCUCAUAGACACCCAACGCUUCAAGUACCCUGAGAGACCCAUAGUCUUCCUUUCGGCGUGCUACUUCGUCGUGUCCCUGGGAUACCUGGCGAGGAGCGUCCUGGGCCACGAGGAGAUCGCCUGCAACGACCUGGCCCUGCGCUCGGGAGCACAGGGACCAGGAGUCUGCGUCAUGGUCUUCCUCAUGAUAUACUUCUUCGGCAUGGCCUCAUCGGUCUGGUGGGUCAUCCUGGCGUUCACCUGGUUCCUGGCAGCAGGACUGAAGUGGGGCAACGAAGCCAUAGCAUCCUACUCUCAGUACUUCCAUCUGGCAGCGUGGUUGGCACCCACGGCCCAGACAGUCUGGGCGCUGUUGGCCGGCGGAGUCGCGGGGGACCCAGUGGCUGGGGUCUGCACAGUGGCACCGGAAGGCGUGCGGACCUUCAUCCUCGCGCCACUGCUAGUCUACCUUCUGCUUGGUACGAGCUUCCUUCUAGCUGGCUUCGUGAGCCUCUUCAGGAUCCGUUCGGUGAUAAAGCGUCAACCGGGUGCCAAGGCCGACAAGCUCGAGAAGCUGAUGAUCAGGAUCGGGGUAUUCUCAGUGCUGUACACGGUACCAGCGAGCGCCGUCCUGGCCUGUCACCUCUACGAGUCGACCCUGAGGGACGAGUGGCUAGGGUCCCUGGCCUGUCCCUGCCGACCACGUGCACGACCCGUCUACUCCGUCCUGAUGCUGAAAUACUUCAUGGCCCUGGCGGUCGGUAUAACGUCAGGCGUCUGGAUCUGGAGCGGGAAGACCCUGGACUCCUGGAGGAGGCUCUGGCGGCGUCUAUUCGGCGGCGGCGCCGGCGCCGGCGUCGGAGGAGGCGCUGGCGUCGGAGGGGUAGGAAGCACCGGCAUAAAGGGCGUCAUCGGACGUUCGGCAGGACCACAGUACCCGCCGCCACCGGGGGUCGCCAGCGCCCUUCUUCCACCGGGUAGCGUCACCAGCGCGUCUCAGCACCACCUCCACCACCACGUUCUCAAGCAACCGCCGCUCUCGCAUGUAUGACGUCACCAGUCGGCGGGAGGCGACAUGAGCACCGCUGGUUGCGAGCCGCAGCAGCAACAGCAGGAGAGGCCUUCCGCCCUCAGCAACUACGGGCCCAUUUAGCCCUUCGCCUCGGCCUCGAGAAGGCACACACCGCACGCGGCCCCGCACACGGCACCGCACACGCCGCAUUCCGCGGCCACGAUUUACUCGAGACGUUCGCUGGCAUCGACUACGGGACCUUUGACCCCGGCGCACGGACUCGCACCUUCGUACACACAGGCCACCGAAGUCUGAACCCGAGCGAUCGUGUCACCUUAGCGCGUGCCGCGCCUCCUUCUUAAUAUUCUCAUUCAGCCCCAUCGCGUCCCUUCUUCUUCCACCCCCUGAUUCCUCAUCUCGCGAGCCGCGCUUGUACAUUGACAUAGGAAGAAGGAGACGAAAGGGGGACUGCCAGUGCGAUGGCCACGAGGAAGACUGAUCGACCGAACCUCAGAGUUUUCGAAACCCUCGGAGCUUUCGCCAAAAUUCUUCGACCCCAAGUAAUAUCGAUAUCUAGGAUACGAGGUCGUCCUGAUAAGCUCAAAACUUGAACCCCCGACACGCGGGGGGGCCUGACCUUACUCUCUCAUAUUCGAAUGGAGUUCCAGCGAGUGUUCGCUUGACCGAUAUACGUAUUUUGCACCGCGUGCGUGUCUUUUCCAAAUUGAGUAUCGGACCGCCGUUAGUUUUAAGACUCGUGCAGCCACGGGAAUUCGUUAUGUAACAUACAUGUAUCCAGUGUGUCUCCCCGCGCGGAACCUUGCGGUUCGCGGAGAUUAUUGUCGUUCUUAUCAUUUCUCAUUUAUUCAUUUUCUUUGUAAAGGGGGGUCAGGGGGCAACUAGUCGCGGUUUGAUACUCCCUCCGCACGUCUCUCCCUUCUCACUGCCACUCUCAUUACUCUCCUUCCGAUCUACACUUGGUCCUCGUAUCCUUCCAAUUUCCUAUCUCCGCAUCUCUCGUAACUAUUGCACUCCACUCCAGUGUACCCUAGUAGCGAUUCGCUCUUGAUUCGCUGCGCUCUCGUAUCUCCUUGCGAACGGGUGUAAAGCCUCGUCCGCAUGUCCGUCUAAUGUGUAUCGUCUCGUCUAUUUAUCUCUAGCCUAGCUCUAACGAAUAACUGUAGUAAUAAUAAUAAUAACGAUUAGCGAUCGCACAGCGCGAUGGUCCGCUUCCGGUAGCCUAGAUUUUUCAUAGGAACUUUUUAUACGACCUCGUCCUUGAAUCCUGACCGAGGAGAAGAUUGGGAAGAUUUCAAAAAUCACAAUAACAGUAAGUGCGACGGGCUUGAAGUUUUUGGAAAUUUUACAAUUCUCGUGCGGUUCCACUUCCUUUUAGGGCCGCGACACUCUCUUCGCUACCCUUGUACUUUCUCCUCGGGCAUUCAGUCCUUUCUUCUCUCUCUCUCUCUCUCUCUAUCUUUCACGUCUCUCAAGCACUUUGUCCCUUUUCUUUUCUCGAAUGCCUACACUUGCCGAAGGAUUCUUCGAGGAUGAACGAUUUGCCUGUAACUUGAAAGUACUCCGACCGGAAGUGGACCACGGGAAGCGCGUCUAGAACGAGAGGGGUGUAUAUGAUAGAGAUUAAUGAAACGAAGGAAGAAGAAAUAAAACAAAGUACUGGUGUAAAUAUGAAAAUUAGACGAUAGGCUAAUUGUAAAUAAAUUAUCGUCAAGACUAAAAUGAACGUGAAAUCGGCACGAACGAAGUAGAUUCUAGGAUGUACAGAGGACGAUUGCUGCGGACGCGAUUUCUCAUAUUCGGAUUGAAGCGCGACAGUGAGAGGGAGGUCAAAAAGAAAGGAAAGAAAAAGUAAUGGCAGGCACGCGCGAUACGAGGGAAAAUUAAAAGAGGAAUAGAAAAACAAACGUCCGUUUCGAAGGCAAGUGGGGCGAAGAAGCAUGUACAUUUUGUAAUGCAGCUUUUUCCCCCACGUUUUACCAACAGUCGUAGAACAGACAGCGCCGAAAGUCGUUCCACGUAUUUCCACUCUGUAUGUAUCGCGAAACGGUCUGAGCCGUGCCAUUCUUCAAAUACGUAAUGUUUUUUGGAAAAAAAAUUUCGGAAUUCCCCCACUUCCAUAUAUUAGCAUCCGACUCCGUGCAGUUGUGAACCCGAUACGAUAACGUGGAAUACCGUGUGUCUUGCACGUGCUAACUGCAUUCUUGCCACGAGCGGAUGUGCGAUUACGUGUCCAAAGAGUGUAUAGAGCGAGAGAGAGAGAGAGAGAUAAGAAACAAAGGAGAAGGAUGAGAGUGAAAGACAAGGAGAGAGAGACGGAGGAUGAGGAGUAAUUGAUUAAGCGAAGGACGUAUCGAAUGAAAGUUAAUGGAGCGAAUUAAUGAAAUGCGUGAAAAUGAAGUUUCUUUUUCGUACGAAUGCACUGAGAUACGAAGCGAGGAAUAUUUCAUUAAUUAAUAUUCCACGUCAGAUCCCGUUUUCUACCCGCGACGCCCAAAACGUAUGAAUGGAUGGAUACGUUGCUCGUCUUUGUUCUUUCGUCCGUUUGAUCCAAGACUAGAUAACAAAGGCAAGAGAUGAUAAUGAGCGAGUGAAAAAAAAAUAAACAAGAAUUCCAAGUCGUAUCUCACUUGGCGAUCCUCGCAUUACGAGAGACCCAGAGACGAUGGACAAAAUAAUCAACUGUGAAGCCGUCACUACCGUAAUAAAGAAAAAGGAGGAUUUCUUGAGUGAACGAGGUAAAUGGAAAAGGAUUGACACGUGAUAUAAAGAAUUUAAAAAAAAAAAACAAGUAUCCAAUACAUACCUACCUACGUGUCUAAGUCCACAGUCUAAAGUAGUUCUAAGUACCGCGAUAUCAGAUACAUAAAUAUACAUAAUAUACAUAAAUAUAGCAAACAGCGUCUCGACGCCCGGCGUCGCCCUACCGGCAUCUGCGUUUCUGUCUCGUUAACGCGUCUCCGCGAACGAACCACGUUCUUCUUUCUCCAGCGGGCAAAUUAUAUUUGGCUAUAGGCGGGACAAAGACAAAGAUGGCUUCAUCGUCUUCUGACGGAUAUUCAAGAAAAUUC